CGGCUCCCGCCGGGCGGCGGCGGCGGCGACGCUUGCGGACCCUCAGGGACCCGAGGACUAGGCCGCGGGACCGCGCCCCCAAGUAGCAGAAAGAGAAUGAAAGAAGUAGAUAAUCUUGACAGUGUAAAAGAAGACUGGGUUUGUGAAACAGGACCUCCUGACAAUCAGCCCCUCAAUGAUAAUCAGCAAAGGAACUGUGACUAUUUCGUUGACAGCCUUUUUGAGGAAGCAGAGAAGGUUGGUGCCAAAUGCUUGUCCCCCACUGAACAGAAGAAACAGGUAGAUGUAAAUAUAAAAUUGUGGAAAAAUGGAUUCACAGUCAAUGAUGACUUUAGAAGUUACUCUGAUGGUGCAAGUCAGCAGUUUCUGAACUCCAUCAAAAAGGGGGAAUUACCUUCAGAAUUACAGGGAAUUUUUGAUAAAGAAGAGGUGGAUGUUAAAGUAGAAGAUAAAAAAAAUGAAGUAUGUAUGUCUACAAAGCCCGUGUUCCAGCCCUUCUCAGGACAGGGUCACAGACUAGGAAGUGCUACACCAAAAAUCGUUUCUAAAGCAAAGAGUAUCGAAGUUGAGAAUAAAAGUGCUCUGUCUGCUGUUUCACUGAACAACUUGGAGCCCAUCACCAGGAUCCAGAUCUGGUUGGCCAACGGGGAAAGGACUGUCCAAAGAUUUAAUGUUUCUCAUAGGGUGAGCCACAUCAAAGACUUCAUUGAAAAAUACCAAGGAUCUCAGAGAAGCACCCCCUUUGCCCUGGCAACGGCUCUUCCUUUUCUCAGACUUCUGGAUGAGACACUGACAUUGGAAGAAGCAGAUUUACAGAAUGCUGUAAUCAUUCAGAGACUCCAGCAAACUGCGGAGCCUUUUAGAAAACUCUGAUAGUUUUGAGAGACUGAGAGAAAUGAUGGUUGGAAGUGGACAUGCAGAAGUGGGAGACAGAAGUCAGUUUAGCUGAGCUUGUGGUUUGAGUGCUACUUAAUUCCUUAGGAGGAUGUUUAAAUAAUCACAAGUUAGGAGAGUAAUGUAUGGCUGGAAACCACAGUUAAUGCACUUUUCUCAAAGGCCACUCAGAAAAAAAUGUGUAUCUUCAAAUACUAGUUAACCAACAUGAUAUAUUAAAUAGCUAUAUAAUAAUCUUCAUGUGGUCUAAAUUAGCAGAGUAUUAGCAUUGAAACAUUAUUUCCAAAUAGCAAAUAGUAAUAUAAAUGUUAGCUCUCUCAGUUUUUAAAUAGCAAUACAUUAAAUAUUGUACAUGACAUAUUAAAGCAUCAAUGUUAUUAUUGUAUUACCUAUACCUAACCCUCACAGCUUCUCAGUUUUCACUCUGUGAUGACAAGAGAUAUUCAAGUAUUAAUUUAGCAAGAGUAUCUAAGAUGUAUAAUCUUUUAGGAAUAAAAUUGUGUAGCUUAGUACAAUGUUAGUAUUAAUGUGCCUACACACUUUUCUAUACCUUCUAUAUGUAAUUUUAUGGACUGAGGUAGAUGGGUUCAGUGGUAGAGUAUUUGCCAAGCAUAUAUGAGACCCCAGGUUCAAUCAAUCCCCAUCAAAUUAAAAAAAAAAAAAACUUUAAAUAUGAAAUGUAAAAGCACUCACAAAAAUUUUCCAAGAACCACAGUUGAUUCUCUUCCUACUUUCUCCCCAAAAACUAAGAAUUUAUUUUUAGCUAACAUUUGUAAUUAGCCAUUCAUUUGCACCACUCAACUAAAAUCUACUUUAUUAUAUUACAUAUUUGUGAAUGUUUCUUAAAUUCACAAAAAGUACACAUUUUCUACUUCAUAUCACAGUAAACAUGUGUAGACAUUCUAGGAAAACAUGCUUAGUGUAUUAUACUUUUAACUGAAAACCAAUUAUGUUUCAAUUUUCAGAUUAAAUCUCCGUGUCUGGAAAUAAGUUAAAUGAACUAUUUUGCAUAUGAUCUAUUGAAUUAAACUUUAAUUAAAAUAUAAAUAAAAAUUAAUAAAAACAAAA